AUGACUUCUUCUGGUCCUUAUUUUGUGUGUGAUUAUAUUAAACAGUCAACUAUACAAAUACCAUCUUCACAAUCAAUCCCAUUAUCAAAUGAUGGAUUAAUUAAGAGUCAAUCACAACAGUAUAUGGAUAAAUCAUUUGCAAAUGAUAAUUUAUCAGAAACAUAUACAGAAGUUACCAGUAUACCAUCAUCUUAUAUUGAUUUAACAAAUAUCAAAGAAGAUUAUCAGUUGAACUUAUUCAACAAUAAUAAUAUUAUUUCAUUCGAUACACUAUUCAUUACUGUUCAACAUAAUUCAACACAUUCAUAUUAUUUCACUGAUGGUAUUCCGCUGUCAAUUUCAUUUAUAUGUCAAGCAAUUGAUAUUAUAUGGAAUUAUAUACCCCCCUUAAUAUUUUUUAUUGGUACAAUUGGAAAUUUAUUCUCAUUGUUAGUUUUCUAUAAACGUACUAAUUUAUAUCCAUCAUCAUGUGUUUAUUUAAUUUUUUUAGCUAUUGUAGAUGAAGGUGUACUAUUGACUGGUCUACUACGUAGAUGGUUAGAUAUUUUAUUGUUGAUACGUUUAGAAGAUAGACAUUGGUUUUUGUGUAAAUCAACACAAUUCAUUGGAGUGACUACAAGUUAUAUUUCUGUAUGGAUUAUUGUUUUAAUCACUGUAGAACGUACUAUCAUUGUUAUGUCACCAAUUAGUUCAAUUUAUACUAAUCGAAUUAAACGGUCGUAUAUAUCGAUUAUAAUCUUGUGUAUUUUAGCAUCGAUUGUAAGUGUACACUUUUUUAUCACAGUUGAUUUAGUGACAGUAGCUGCAAGUCAUCUAAUUUAUUUUGAAUCAAAUAAUAAUACUAACUCUUUAUUCACAAUUAAUGAGAACUAUUCAAAAUUAGAUGUGAAUAGUUCUUCUUUUUCUCAACUAAUGACCAAUGUUAUUAAUUCACAUGAUUCAAACGCAUUAAUAUGUGAUUUUUACUAUGCAUUUAAACAAAAUGGUUUUCAAACUUUCUGGAUUUGGAUUGAUGCUACAUUGUAUAGUUAUUUACCAUUUAUGAUUAUUCUAAUUUCAAACAUACUGAUUUUAAUCAAUAUGCAUUGGGCUACAAAACAACGUGCUAAUUUGAUUGGUAAAGUUGCAUCAACAAAACGUCUGUAUCGUUGUACCGAUAAUUCUAAAAUUAUUGUCCAACAUUUAACCAACAGAAAAAUCGAUAAUCUGCCACUUAGAAUGAGUCAUCAUUGUCUUAGUCAUACAGUUAGUUUUAAAAACCAACCAUCUACAUGUUCUUCUCAAUUCUUUAUUCCAAAAAAUGAGACAAUUCAAUUGCGAAUAGCAUCCCGACAAAUUCCAAGUGCCGCUUCUUUCAAUAGCUUCAACAGUGAUGAAAUACAUAACGAUAAUAAUGAAAUGUAUAACCCAAAUAAUGAUAAUAAUAAUAACAAUAACAAUAAUAAUAACUGUAAACAUCCAAAUGUUGUGAAUAUACCAUUGCAACCAUACAAUAAAAUCCAAGGUAUUUCAAUUAAAACAACCAAUUUAAUUGAAAAACCUUGUACAUUUUAUUACAAUGAAAUGCGUCAAUUAACUAUAUUAUUAUUAUUAAUAUCAGGUGUUUUUCUUUUGACUACUGCACCAGUUGCUUUAGUGAAAUUAUUAUUAGCUUGGAAAAUACAAUUAAAUUUACAUAAUAUGGCUUUAUUUGAAUUAUUCGAUUGUAUUGCUGAAGUGUUAAUGUAUACAAAUCAUGCAAUUAAUUUUUAUUUAUAUUGUGCUGUUGGAUCAAGAUUUCGUAGAGAAUUAAAGAAAAUAUUUUAUUGUCAAACAACAAACAGAAGAAAAUGUAAACAUGGUUGAUGAUGAUGAAAUGAUUUGAAAGAUGGACAAUUAUUGAUUUCAAAAUGGCGGAAACAUUACACAAGGAGUAACAAGAGAGUUUGUUUGCUUCUUCAUGAAUGAAGUUUUUGAGUUUAUAUGCUUUUCAUCUAGCACAUAAUGAAAAUGUAUACUCUUAUAUGUGUCUGUAAUUCAUUGAUUCUAAUAGAGCAGC